UUUAUUCAUGUGUGUGCAUUUGCAAACGUUUUCCCACAAUUUUCUAGCAAUUAAAACGGAUAAUUAUGUACAAUUUACAAUAAUUAGUGCAUAUUAAUUAUGCAAUGAACCGAAUGGAAAAAUGGAAGAAUCUCAUUUGGCAUUUUUUUGGACGGUUCAAGCUUUGGCAGGAUUAAAAAAAUGGAAAAAUACCACCAUAAAGUACAAACUUUAUAAAAUCUUCAUAAUCGGCGUUUAUUUUUACAAUUUGUUCAUGUUACAAUUGCAAUUGAUUACGGCAAGAACCAUAGAAGAAAUUAUGGAAAAUUUAAGUUUCACAACUAUGUACACUGUCAUGACAAUUGGAAUUUAUUUCCUAAGUAAACCCAAAUUCACGCAGUUGUUCCAGGACAUCAAAGACUUCGAGGAGACAUUAAUAAAGAAACAAGGUAUCGAAAAAAAAGUCAUAGAAAUCGCAGAUAAGUACAGCAACAUCAACAACAAAACUAAUAGAGUUAUUUAUUUUACUACCUCAAUAUUUUGCGUCUUUUUUAUUUAUGAUUAUUCAAGACUUCCCCUUCGCCCAAAGAACAGAAUAAAAUUCAUAUUUCCUGAGUAUUAUUUCUUCGAUGAGGAGAAAUACUAUUGGUUCGUUUUCAUUGACAACUGCAUAUUUUUGGUGGGCUGUUUGUUGCCUUUGUUCGUCUAUAUGAGGUUUUCCAGCAUUACUUUAAUAACUUACAUAAUUGCAAGGAUUAAAAUGCUUCAACAUUUCAUCAGGUCUGUGGAGACUUAUGCGAAGCAUUUAAGCCGUACUCAGAAGCAAUCUUUACAAGAAGCCAGAUAUAAUAUUUUAAGAUCUUGUUUGAUUCAACAUAUUUAUAUUAUCGAGUUUGUAAAUACUGUGAAAAAAUACACGAAUAUGUUUAUUCUGAUGGAUUCUUUAGCCAGUUCGGUCCAGUUCGGAUCGAUUUGGUUGAGAUUAUUGAUCGGGUUCGAGGAAGAUGACCUAUUCGAUAGAGUUAUGAUUGGUCUACAUUUUAUCGUCAUCUAUACGUUCAUGAUGGUUAACUAUUUCUAUGCCCAACAAAUCCAAAACGAGAGCGAAAACAUAGCAGUAGAAACAUACAACUUAAGGUGGUUCGAUUUCGAUAGUCGAACAAAAAUCAUGGUGUCUAUGAUGGUUAUGAAAGCUCGAGUUCCUUUGACCUUAGCCAUUGGGCCGUUUUCCGAAAUGAAACUUUACAGUCUCGUUCAAGUGUUAAAAGCUUCAUUUUCUUAUUUUGUUUUCAUGCACACUUUGUAUGAUUUAUCACUUGCUCAAUAACUGAAUCGGAGGAAAAAUUGACUGUAGAUAAUAUUAACAAGAAUAUAACACUUAGAAUUAAACAAAUUAAUAAAUAAAAUCACUGUUAAGCAUUCA